CCUCUGUUGAUCAUCUGACCCCAGACAAACGACCAGUAAAACCCAAGAAAGUCCUGCUCUCCACCAACCUCUCUCUCUCUCUCUCUCUCUCUCUCUCUCCCUUCAUGGAUUCCAACGGCUUCGGGGAAUCCCAGAGACUGGUUGACUUAGUUCAACAGCUUCGACCCUCCAAACCUCUUUGCCCUCCCAGCAACACUAACAACCACCCAAAAGCAGAAUCUGAAACAAACCCAAUUGCAAAACCUUCGGAAAGAACCAGACCCAAAAGAGCUGCAGUUUUGAUCUGCCUUUUUGAAGACGAAAAUGGGCAUCUCAGAGUAAUUCUCACCAAGAGGGCUUCAACACUGUCCACGAAUUCAGGAGAUGUUUCAUUGCCCGGUGGGAAGACAGAAGAAGGCGAUGCCAAUGACAUAGAGACAGCAUUGAGGGAGGCCAAGGAGGAGAUUGGUUUGGACCCUUCACUUGUGGAUGUUGUCACUGUUCUCGAACCCAUUGUUAUUAAGAAUGGUAUGGCUGUAGUUCCUGUGCUUGGCAUACUUGCUGACAUUAGACAAUUCAAUCCAACUCCGAAUGCAGCAGAAGUAGAAGCUAUAUUUGAUGCACCUUUAGAUAUGUUUCUCAAGGACAAGAAUCGACGAGAAGAGGAGAGAGAAUGGAUGGGGAACAAGUAUCUGCUCCAUUUCUUUGAUUAUGAAGCUGAGAAUGGGAAAUAUGUCAUAUGGGCUUUAACAGCUGGGAUUUUGAUUGCAGCAGCAUCACUUGUGUACCAGCGACCACCAGACUUUCAAAUAGCUUAAUUGUCAUACCCUAGUCCAAACCCGAUGGAGUUUGUUUUUUUCCUUUGUGCAAUCCAUUUCAUCCAAAAACAGUGGUCUAUUUUAUUUGACAGGUUUUAUUAGGUUUUCAUUUAGUGCGGCUACUGCAAUAAAAUCUUACCAAGGCGAAAAUUCUUGGCGGAGAGCCGAAACCCGUAAUCCCCAUUUUUAUAGUGGUUUGACUUGAUAUAAUAAUGGCUUUUAUUCA